UGAAGUUUUUUUAGUGAGGGGAUCGAGAGGAGCCUUUUAUUCGGACUCGUCGAGAGGAGCCAGGUUUUCCUCCACCUAUCUGUGACGAUAAAGAAGCUGAUGGGCUGUUGAAAAGUAACACUUCUCCGCAGAGCCAAAGGUUGAGCACUGGGGAGGAGAAGAGGGGGGGCUCGCUCAGCCAAAAUUUCUUUUAUUUAAUGUUUCCUCAGGAGCACCGGCGAGUAAAUGUGAUGGCUGGACUUGAUUUGGUGCGGUAGAAGUCGUUUAACGAGGGGAUGUCUGAGGAGGCUGUCCGCCAGACACGCAGCCAGAAGAGGGCGCUGGAGAGGGAGGCUGCCCCACAGUCUGUAGAAACCUCCGAUGCCGACAAUGAAAGCAAAAAACCUAAACUGGACCCGUCUGAAUCGCCAACACAGACCCCAACUAAACCUAAGCCUGACCUUAUUCUGGCACAGGAUGGUCAGAGCCGGACUAGGCCCGGAUUAGAGCAUGACAAGGAGCAGGAGCAGGAUCAGAGCCCUUUGCCGUUAUCUUUAGUGUUACCCUUGACCUCCCAGCCGGUGAAGGAUGAUCGGAAUUGGUCCCAGAGACAGGAGGUGGUCGAACCCGGCUCAGACAAUCGGACUGACUGCAAUGACAAAGCAAGGGCAAUGGACACAAGGAGCCGCGUCCGGCAGGCGGAGCCAAAGGCGUCCGGCGGCAUGCUGGCCGCAGGGGAAGUAAAGGCCACUAUUAAGGUUGAAGUUCAGACAGGAGAGCAGCCCGUGGACAUGAGCACCACCAAAGGGAGUAUAAAAAGAGAGAAGCGCCCUCCAUCCCCUGAAGAUGAUGACGUCAUCAUUUUGUCAGAUAAUGACUCCCCUAGUCCACCGAUGAACGGGCUCAGCCACUUUAAAGAGCUGGACACGGACUUGCUCAUGAAGAGCAGCCCAGCUGAGAGGGAGCGUAUCAUUAAGCAGCUGAAGGAGGAGCUGAGACUGGAGGAGGCCAAGCUCGUGCUGCUGAAGAAACUGCGGCAGAGCCAAAUUCAGAGGGACACUCUGCAGAAGCCCUCAGGUUUAUCUGGCUCAUCUGCUCCUCCUCCUCUAAUUCGAGGAACAAUUGCAAGCAGUAAAGGCUCUCCACAGAUUUUGACAGGGAGGAGUUCGGGUACUGUCAUCCCUCCACCCCUGGUGAGAGGAGGGCAGCAGAUUUCGUCUAAACAUGGCUCCCAGAUCAUCAUGCCACCUCUGGUUAGAGGGGCACAGCCCAUCUCUGUGUCUCCACAGCAGAUUCAGGCUCUCCGCCAGCAGCAGCAGCAACAGCUGGCUGCCUCUGGAGGCUCGGGGUCUGGUCCUCCUCCUCUGCUGUUGGGUCCCCGGAACUCUGACGCCCAGGGCCAGAGAGGAAUGAUCCAACCAGGCCUCAUCAGAGUCGGCAGCACGCUGGCCUCUUCAUCCAGUUUGAAGGGCUCUUCCCUAGGAAGCGGUGUGUCUGUGGUGGGUCUGAAUGACUCUCCGGCAAGCCGUCAGGCUGCAGCUAAACUCGCGCUGCGGAAGCAGCUGGAGAAGACCCUCUUGGAGAUCCCUCCACCCAAGCCACCUGCCCCAGAGUUCAACUUCCUGCCCUCUGCAGCCAAUAAUGAAUUCAUCUACCUGGUGGGACUGGAAGAAGUGGUGCAGAAUCUGCUGGAUACCAUCCACAGAGGAAAAACGGGUGUAGCCCUGCCCAAGCCCACCAUCAGAGAACCUUUCAUCUGCAGCCAGUGCAACACUGACUUCACCUGCCGUUGGAGGCAGGACAAGACGAAAGGCGGGGCGGUGCUCUGUGAAGACUGCAUGUCAUCUAACCAGAAAAAGGCUUUGAAAGCUGAGCAUACCAAUAGGCUGAAAGCCGCCUUUGUCAAAGCACUGCAGCAAGAGCAAGAAAUAGAGCAGCGUAUAAUUCAGCAGACAUCUUCACCAGUCUCCCACAGUACCUCAUCAUCCGCUUCAUCUGCCUCUUCAUCACUGAAGGCAGAGCAUCUGGUGGCUCAGCAGCUGAAGCAAGUUCAGGCCAGAGUGUCCUCCCUCCAGCACCACCACCAGGCCAGCCGAGGAAACCUCAUUCAUCAUCACUCCAUCAAGCAGAGCUCACAGGGCCACCUGUCCCACGGUGUCUCAUCAGUGGGGGUGAGAGGCAUCCCCCACUCCUUUUCCUCCACCUCCCAGCUGCAGAGCGCAGUGGCGGCCGCGGCUUUGGUCAGCCGGCCAGGUAAGCACGCCCAUGUUUCCCACCGCUCUGUGCAGAGUUCAAAGGUGAGCAGCAGUGGAAUCCGCGGCCACAGGAUUAUCAGCGGAGGUAGUGCCUCAUCCACUGCAUGGAAGAAGCAGAGCAGCAGCAACACAGGAGUGACCAUGGCCUACGUGAACCCCAGCCUGACGGGUCACAAGACAUCAGCCACAGUGGACGCUCGCCAGAGGGAGUACCUGCUGGACAUGAUCCCCUCUCGCUCGUCAAUCUCGCAGACUGCAAACGCGUGGAAAUAGUCGAAGCCGUACUCUGCUACUCAUUUACUAGUUUUUUUUCCCAAGUUCCUCAGCUCCAAUAAUACGGUCCACAGCGCCCCCGCAGGACUUGUUAAGCAAUUACAAUCUCUCAAAGUGAAGAAACGUUCCUUAAUUAAUACCUUUGUAUGAUUCUUUAGUUUUGCUUAUUUUCCAAUGUUUUUUUUUUUUUCUUCUUUUGGGGUUCAUCGUUAUUUGAUAAUUGUGCAGAAACCAUUUUGAUUUGACUGGGCAGAGAAGAAAAUACUUGAAGGGCUUCCUCUGGGCUCUGUCCUCCAGACAGGGUCGUUCAAAUGAUGAUGUACGAUAGACGGUUAUGUCUGCUGCGAGUACCUUUGAUAAAAAUAAGCAUUCUGUUUGAGGCUUGUUAGCCCUUUUCUGCCAUGAUGUGGGUGAAACGCACCCAACCUUUUGACACUUGAAUAGUUGUAUCACACCCAAGAGUUCACGUUCGACAAAAUACACAUAUAUUUUAAGUAAAAGCAAAAUUACCAAGUUGUAAAAUUUUCAUUACACCACCCAUGUAGUUAAAGGUUUGAGUUUACUUUGUAUUUACCGUAAGUUAUUUUUGUGUUUUUGUUUUUUCUUUUUUUUUUUUUUUUUUCUUGGACUGAUGGUUAAGAUCACUCAGUAUAAUGUGGUUUCCACAAAUGAAGAUUAUUCUAGCUUUGUUUUUUCUUUUCUUUCUUUUUUUUCCUGUUUAACAGCAUGCCUAUCCUUAAGCCCAUUUUGCACCUUAGCUGAAGAAGCGUGGUGUCAUUGCUUAAUUCAUCUGUAAUUACCAUCUGUAAUUUGCUUAUUUUAUAUUGUCAACAUUGUAAGAUUAUUUUGAGUGUUACAUCAUCACUGAGAAAAUGCAAAACUCUGAAGGAGCUGAAUUCGCCACACUGGAGCCAGAAAUCUUGCCUCCGAUAUUUAUCCAUUGUCCACGUGAGACACGGGCUACAUGUAGCCUCGACUCAGUCCUUAAAGGAAACAUCUUCCAGCUUCCUGGAUUACACAGUUAAAGAGUUGUGUGAUCACACAAUUAAGAUUAAGACUCUGGAUUACACAAGACCAUCGUUAUCUUGUGCCCCUCACCAUAAUGCAUAAUUUCUCUGCUUUCCAGUCAUUUUAAUUGCAAUGUACAAAGUUAUGUUUAAAUUUAUUUGGUUUACUUUUUUCCUAGCUCCUGAAAUAAAUAAUAAAAAAUAUUACAUUUUAAA